GGGAAACACAACUUAUGCUAUAACUACUCUACAUUUAAUGUUAGUGAUGCUAGUACUGAAUAUAUACUAACAGUAGGAGGAUACUCUGGUGCUGCUGGGGAUAGUUUAGCAUAUCAUAAUGGAAGCAGAUUCAGUACAUAUGAUAAUGAUGCAUCAGGAGGUAACUAUGCUCAUGAACGCAAUGGUGCCUGGUGGUAUGGGGGUAGUGAGUGUGAUCGUUCAAAUCUUAAUGGUCCUUAUAUCGGUAAAGGUUAUGAUGAUGAUGCUAUUACUUGGCAAGACUGGAAAGGAUACCAUAGCCUCAAGUUUACACAGAUAAAAACUCGUCGUAACAAUUAAAAUACUGUCCCCCUACAC